AUGACAUCAAAGUGUGAGUUGAUAUCACUCUAUCAAUGUGAUUAUGACGGAAGUAGUCUUCCACAUGGUUUGUGGUGCCUCUCUCAGAAAGAUGAAAAGAGAGUUUUACUGUACACCCAUCCAAUCACGGUCUGGUUGUAAGUCAAUGUAAUAUAAGAAUGGGGUUUCACCUCCACUCUCCACUCUCCCUUAUCCUUUCUCCUACUUCCUCACGUGAACUACUUGGAAAGAGGGAGUGUGUUACAGCAAUAGGAUGUGAAAUAGGGCAAAGAUUAGGGUAGUAAAUAACUGUAAAUCCACCCAUAUCUCUCUUUUUCUCAUUCACACACUCUCUCACAGACAUGCACACAUAAGUACACUCACACCUCAUCCACACUCGCACCUCAUUCACACUCGCACCUCAUCCACACUCGCACCUCAUCCACACUCGCACCUCAUCCACACUCGCACCUCAUCCACACUCGCACCUCAUCCACACUCGCACCCCAUCCACACUCGCACCUCAUCCACACUCACACCUCAGCCCAAGACAAUUCUACAGAUAUCUAAUGCACUGUCCCUUCUCUCUUCAGCAUCUGUGUCUACGAAUGUUGACGUUUAGUCUGCCAUCCAUUUAACAAUGCUCUUUUGUUUUCAUUGAAUGGUAUCAAUAAAGAUGCUUUACAGUCUAAAGUCCUCUCUCUCUCUCUCUCUCUCUCUCUCUCUCUCUCUCAGUGGGAAGCUGGAGAAGGAGAGGCGGGAGAAGAGGCGUCAGCCGGGCCUGAUCAGGAUGGAGGGAUACGACGUGACGGAGGACAUGGAGCGAGAGAGGAGGACCUUCCAGCUGCAGAUGUGUGAGGUGGGGACACAGAGCUAGGACAAACACACACACACAGGUAGCAGUUACCCAUGGACGUGAUCUAAAAGUCUGUUUCUCAUUCCCCCACUACUACCACUACCACACCAAUACUACACCACUACUACCACUACUUCUACACCAAGAAGAAACUACCACCAAUACUACACACAGACCACAACAACUACAAGAAGACCACACAGACCACUACACCGAAUCAACAAACACCACAAUAAACGAAAACAACAACACCAAACCACCAAGAAGAAUACAAAACCACACUAGACACAAAAAAACGAACACACACAAUAACUACACACCACCAUAAUACCACUACUACCACUACCAAACCCAAUACUACCCACUACUAACCACUACUAACCACUACCACCAUACUACCGACCACUAAUACCACUACUACCACUACCCAAUACACCACCACGAAUACCACACACACAAACACACACCACACCCACAAAAUACCCACUACCACAAACGACUACCACUAAGACCACACCACAAACUACCAACACAAUACACUACACCACCACGAAUACCAAAGACUACAGAUCUACCAACAUAAUACCAACGACACAACUACUACCACUACCACCAAUACUACCACCACCACAACUACUACCACUACUACUACCACUAAUACCACUACUACCACCAAUCACCACACAAAGACCACUACCACAACACACACACAGACCACUACGACAAGUACCACCAACCACAAUACGACCACACACCACUAAUACCCUACCACCACUACCCACUCACAAAAUACCACAUAACCACUACCAACACUACCACCACUACUACCACCACUUAUACCACUACUACCACUAAUGCUACUACCACCACUAAUACAACUACCACCACUAAUACCACUACCACUAUUACUAAUACCACUACCACCACUACCACCACUAAUACAACUAAUACCACUACCACCACCACUACUACCACUGCUACCACUACCACCACUAAUACAACUACCACCACUAAUACCACUACCACCACUACUACCACUACCACCACUACUACCACACUAACAUCUACACCACUAAUACAACUACCACCACUAAUACCACUACCACUACCACCAUUACUAAUACCACUACCACCACUACCACCACCACCACUAAUACCACUCCACCACCACCAUUACUAAUACCACUACCACCACUGCUACUAAUACCACUACCACCACCACUACCACCACUAAUACCACUACUACCACUACCACCAAUACACCACCACAAUACACGACUACAACGAACCAAACCACUACACCACACCCGACCACCACUAACCCAACAUACCAAAGCCACCCAUACUACCACCACUAUACACACCACCACUAAUACCACUACUACCACUACUACCACCACUAAUACCACUACCACAACUACUACCACUAAUACCACUACUACCACUACCACCACUAAUACCACACCACAACUAUCAACACCACCACCCACACUCACACUACGAACCAAGACUCACCACAUAAUACCACCACAACUACUACCACUACUACCAAAUAAACCACUUACAAACCACCUACCACCACGAACCACUACCACCAAUAAUACCACUAAUACCACUACCACCACUACCACCACUAAUACCACUACUACCACUACUACCACCACUUAUACCACUACUACCACUAAUGCUACUACCACCACUAAUAAUACCACUACCACCACUAAUACAACUAAUACCACUACCACCACCACUACUACCACUACUACCACUGCUACCACUACCACCACUACCACCACCACUAAUACAACUACCACCACUAAUACCACUACCACUAACACCAUUACUAAUACCACUACCACCACUGCUACUAACACCACUAAUACCACCACUAAUACCACCACUACUACCACUACAACUACCACUGCUAAUACCACUACCACUACCACCACUACCACCACUGCUACCACUCCCACCACUAAUACCACCACCACCACUACUACCACUACAACUACCACUGCUAAUACAGCUAAUACCACUACCACCACUUCUACCACUACUACUACCACUGCUAAUACCACUACCACCACUACUACCACCACUACCACCACUACUUCCACUAAUACCACUCCCACCACUAAUACCACCACUACUACCACCACUAAUACGACUACCACCACUACUACCACUACUACUGCAAAUACCACUACCACCACUACUACUAGCACUGCUAAUACCGCUAAUACCACUACCACCACUACUACCACUGCAUAUACCGCUAAUACCACUAACACCACUACUACCACUAACGCCGCUAAUACCACUAAUUCCACUAAUUCCGCUAAUGCUUACGGGUAGGAUUGGGGGAGGGCAAGUUCUCCCCUGAAUGGCACAGAUCGUGUCAAGGUGGGGGAGGGAGCCAAACCCAGACUAGACUGUGAAAUGUAAAAUGUGCAGCACAGAUUGGAAAUGGCACUGAAACCAAUGCUAAGCUCAGUUAAAGUUCUAGUCCACAGUUACACUUUACGAGCAUAGGGGAAUUUGCUCUUUAGUUGCGCUCUCUCUGUGAGGCCAGCUGCUGAGAUGGAUGGAGGAAUUCCCCCUCCUCCAAGGCCCUUGUCUGGGUCAUGUUCGUUAUGGCACACAACAGAAAACGUUUGAAAACAUGCAACUGAAAACGAAAAUGAGUGUUUCUUAUUGGAUAAUUUACUACCACCAAUACCACUACCACCACUGCUACCACUACUACCACUACCACUACCACCACUGCUACCACUAAUACCACUACCACCACUAAUUCCACUACCACCACUACUACAACUACCACCACCACUGCUACCACUACCACUGCUACCACUAAUUCCACUACCACCACUACCACCACCACCACCACUAAUUCCACUACCACCACUACUAAUUCCACUACCACCACCACUACCACCACUGCUACCACUAAUUCCACUACCACCACUAAUACCACUAAUUCCACUACCACCACCACUACUACAACUACCACCACCACUACUACCACUACCACCACUUAUACCACUAAUACCACUACCACCACUGCUACUACUAAUUCCACUACCACCACUAAUACCACUACCACCACUACCACCACUGCUACCACUACCACCACCACUACCACCACUGCUACCACUAAUUCCACUACCACCACUAAUACCACUACCACCACGACUACCAUCAAUACCACUACCACCACUGCUACCACUACCACCACCACUAAUACCACUACCACCACUACUACUACUACUACUACCACUACCACCACUAUUACUACUACCACCACGAAUACCACUACUACUACUACUACUACUACCACUACCACCACUACCAGCUGGCCUCUCUAAUAAUUAAUAAUAAUAAUUUGAAGUCCUUCCACUGGGCACAAACGUCAGUUCAACAUCUAGUUUUGAUUUACAUUUGGUUGAGUUGUCACCUAACGUAAAAUCAACAAAAAUAUUCACCAUGUCAUUGGAUUUAGGUUAAAAGUUGGGUGAAAAACAUACGAAAUGCCUUUACGUUGAUAAUUUUUUGCAAAUCCAAUCUAUUUUCAACGUUGACUCAACGUCAUCACACUGAUUUGUUUUUGUUGAAAUGAUGUGGAUCAAUGUUGAUUCAACCAGUUUUUGCCCAGUGGGCUGUUUCAGUCCAUUUUGUCCCAUUUGAUGGAAAAUGAACAUGACCCAGCGUAGCCGCAGACAGACGGCUUUAAACAAGGCUUUAUGGAGCAGAGACACAGCAGACUGCAGUCAUUCCUUCCACAAGCAGCAGAGAGCUCCUACAGCUGGCUCUCACCAAGGCAUUUUCCUUUUAAAGCAACAUUUGAAACACUUCAAACAGUUAAAAAAUGGAUCAGGGAAAAAACACACCCUGAAACUGUUCUGUGCUAUUUCAUGUUUAGGCUAUGUCCUGAGAACCAUACUGUCUAUGGCAGAAGAGACUUGUUCAUAUGAAAGUCUAUAAUUUUUCCUGCCCAUGUGUCCUGACCGGGAAAAACUCUGGGCCCAAGUUUACAGACUACAACUAAGAACAGGAGUUUUACCUGGGUCAGAACACAAGGGCAGGGGCAUACAGUACAUUUCUCUUACCAUGAUUAAUGAGUGACUGGUUGAAUCAGUGAAAUGAUACACAACUUCUUAAUAACGGUCUGUAACCAGUAUGACCGUUUCUGAACCAAAACCAGCCCUGUAACCAUGGUUACUAAUCUAGCACUGCGUCCUCUGGUUUGUCCAGUAUCUCCUGAAGAUCCAGGAGCUGAGGGUACGUCAGGGUCCAGACCUGCUCCAGAGUCUUAUCAAGUACUUCCAGGCCCAGCUCAAGUAAGUUCUCCUUCUAUGCUUUCAUGCCCUUUUCAAACUACUGAGCCAAGCAGAGCUGUACUGCACUGGCCUGGUUAUAGUCUGAAAUAAAACAUGUAAGACAAUUUUUAUAUCCAAGGCAGUACGGUUCUGGUUGGCCCUAUAGUUUGAAUUGAAAGAGUCCUCGCUGAACUCAUUUGGCCUUAUGGAAAGCGUAUGGCUUUCAUUUGUAGCCUACUGCUGUAUCUCCCAGCUACUUACUACACGUCAUAAGGUUUUACCUCAGGAAUGUUACUGUGGCUUCUGGUGUCAUGUUGUGGCUGUUUUGGUUUUGUCUUCCUUUUACUACAGUAGCUAUCGCCACGCUACUUAACUAUUCGGUUGCAUAUGUUAUAUGUGUUCUACGUGUGUUUGUGGAGCGUGUGUGUGUGUGUGCGCGCGCUCCUGUGUGUCUCUCUCUCUCUGUGUGUGUGUGUUUGGGGUUGUGUACCUGAGUGUAUGACUCAGUGUUAUUGUGUCAUCUCAGUUUUUUCCAGGACGGCUUGAAAGCUGCCGAAAACCUUAGUCCCUUUGUGGAGAAGCUGGCUACGUCGGUGCACAUGGUAAUAACAACUGUUUCUGUUUGUUUUGUCUGUCUGUCUACCUGUCUGUCUGUCUGUCACACACACACACACACACACACACACACACACACACACACACACACACACACACACACACACACACACACUAACUACCAACUCCAACUGGACAUUAGUCAUCACCUGCUAUGGAAGCCCAGUACAGACAGAAUAACAGAUUAUGCAUCGCAGCAGACAACUCCACUGUAAGUCUCAUAGACAGACAACUCCACUGUAAGUCUCAUAGACAGACAACUCCACUGUAAGUCUCAUAGACAGACAACGGUUGAGUAAGUAAGCUACAGUCAAAUUCCUAAGCCUCAACCUCCUCUCUCCUCCCAGACUUUCCCAACCCACAAGCUGUCUGCUAUUUGAUGCAAUUCCCAAUUUCAUUGGAAGUACGGGCCCCUUAUGCUAUAAUCGCCCAGACAGGUUUUCCAAACCAGGCAAAGCUUACAUUUUCCUACCCAUAUCCCCCCAACUGCCAAACCAGGAGACUAUCGUAAGGUACCGGUUAUGGUUGUCAAGGUUACAGGGCAGUGGUGUUGAAGUGUAGUCUUAAAUGACAUGGUUAUACAGCCUGGUCCACCUUAAAUGGCAUGGUGUGGUGGGUAUACAGCCUGGUCCACCUUAAAUGGCAUGGUGUGGUGGUUAUACAGCCUGGUCCACCUUAAAUGGCAUAGUGUGGUGGUUAUACUAAGCCUGGUCCACAUUGUGGUUUACUGACCUAAUGUCGGGUUGCACUCUCUCUCUCUCUCUCUCUCUGUCUCUCUGUCUCUCUCUCUCUCUCUGACAUCAGGCACAGUGUUAGUAACGGACACUUGAGUUUAAUGAGAGUGUCGUCGGUUCUUCUUGCUCUGCAUGGUCGGAAAAGGGGCAAGCUCGUGCACGCUGUUUCUCAGGUUCAAGGGAGUUUUAUGGAAAAGAAACCUGUUGGGACUUUUUCACGGUUCACCUAAACGUUGUUUUGUUGUCAUCCUGUUUGAUUGGUUGUUGUUUCAUCAGACCCAGACCAUUCUAAUGCAACAGGCAGAUAGGGGUUGUGCUAGCCUGGCGCUUUGUGCUGUCUAGGAUUUGGCAAGACAGCACAAACUGAUCUGGAGGGAAAGAGGUACGGUUUCCACCCAGAAACCAAAGACUGUUCUAGAAUGCUCUGUUACACUUUAUUUUGCAACGUUAUGCAAAGCUUUGGUUUAACAGCUGUCCACACCCAUUGAUUGGGGACAUUUCAGCAAAGCUUCCCAUCCCAAAUCCAUUGUUUUUGGGAGACGGUUGGUGUUGUCAAAAGCUAGUGCACGCCACGUACACCAGCUACUCCCUCCAAAUGCUCCCAUAAUAUCAGCCAAAUCACUGUCUGUUUAGAUAUUAGCUACAGUAGAUGGCGUUCAGCUAGAAAGCUGAUCUGUCCUGUGUCUGUGUGUGUGUGUGUCUGUGUGUGUGUGUGUGUGUGUGUGUGUGUGUGUGUGUGUUUACUGUAGGUGCGUCAGGACCAGGAUGAAGAGGUGAGACAGCUCUCUCAGCUACGAGACUCCCUGAGACUGCUGCUACAGGUGGAGGGGAAAGAGGUACGGUUUCCACCACCACAGAACUCAAACACCCACUAUAAACUAUACUAGAUCGCUUUCCAGGGUCUUGUUCAUUAGCCACCAAACGGUAGAAAACUGACUCAAACAGAGGGGGACUACCUGGGCUUGUCCAAUAAGAAGUGUUCAUUUUCCUUUGGCAAAUGUUUUGAAACGUUUUCCAUUGCUUGCCCUAAUGAACACGAUCAUGGUGGGUGGGUAUAAAAAUAAAACAGGUAUCUUUUCAAUUACUCAUAGUCAAUCUAUAUUUUAAUAAAGGAUUUUUCUCCCGUUUUGUCCUAGGAAUACCUGACCGGAAAGAACUCUGGUAACGGCUACAGCAUCCACCAGCCUCAAGGCAACAAGAAGUAUGGUACGGAAAAGUCAGGCUUCCUACAGAAGAGGAGUGACGGGUGAGUCUGUCUGGAGAAUGUGAAAAUACUGAUAAAUAUACUGACCAUGUACUGAAAACACACAAGGCUCCACUUCCCACCAUUAACCCCAAUACGAGGAUUCCACUAGCCUGUGUAACUGAGAUUAGAACGUGCUGUGAACUCACUUCACAGCUAGCUCGAAAUGGUGCUAUUGAAUUGCAUCCUUUUCUACAGCUCAACUGGUUUGUAUUUUGUCAAGCGGGCGGUCAUGUGUUGGUGAGGCCCAGUCAGAGGCAAGUUUAGGGAGGCAGCUCGAUAUGCUAAGAUAGCACACAUAGGAUUUGGCAAGACAGCAUAAACCGAUCCGGGUCUAGGCUAGGAUGUCACAGGCUGUUUUAUGGUUGUGACUAGACGGAGUACAGCUACGGACGACAUUUACAAUUGAACUACCGCAAGAGUUUGGACUUGAUGAUGAGUCGGAGUCAGAUAUCACAGAGGUUGCUCAAAGUAGAAAUAUAUAGCCAGUGCACAGAUACAAUAUAACCUAGCCAACUGCCAAUGCAGCCUAAAUAUGGAUGCAGUGCUUUGUCAGCCCCAGCUGGUCUUCAUUAUUCUGGGGGUUUGGAUCCAGGCGGUGAGGCCUGGCGUGAGUGAGUGAGUGAGUGAGUGAGUGAGUGAGUGAGUGAGUGAGUGAGUGAGUGAGAGUGAGAGUGAGAGAGAGAGAGAGACCAUUCUAGCUCCCCUCAUUCUCAGAGCGUUAGAUUACAGUGUGAUAACAUGGGGGGAAGUGAGUCAGUUGGGGAAACGAACUUGUAUUCCUGGAAAUGAUGUGUAAACUUGAUGGUACUGUAGAUAUACAGUAAGUUAUACCUGACUCAGACUGUGGUCUGUGUCUCUCUGUCUCCCCUCUCUCUUUCACUCCCUCCAGGAUUAGGAAGGUGUGGCAGAAGAGGAAGUGUGGUGUCAAGUACGGCUGUCUGACCAUCUCCCACAGCACGGUGAGACUCACCAUGUCAUGUGGCCUUUUAGCUGACAUUUCAUUCACCUCUCAUUUCCUGUACCCCAAUACAGGAUGUAAACCAUACAGUAAAGCUCACUGCCAAAAGUCAUCCUCAAUACAAUAUACCUGACUACCUGUAACUUUAAAUCAGUCGCCAGUAGGGCUGACCCCAUUUAGUCGACUGGUCGAUUGUUUGGUUGACCGAGAUUUCUUUAGUCGAGCAGUAGCAAAAAAAAUAUUAUAAUAAUAACAAAUCCAUGGUGUACAAGACACCUGUCUGAUUGGCUCCUGUCUGAGUGGACUGAUCCAUUGUGGAGGCCGUGGGGAUGGUACAGUCUAUCAGUCUAAGACGUGCUACUGAAAUUGUAUAUGGUUAUAUUAUGUAAGAACAAUGGUGCAACACAAAUCAAAAUAAUAUUAUUUUAUAACAAAUAUGCUUUCUCUCGCGUUGGAUAGUGCACUGUUGAAUUGGUGCCUUUGCCUAGACCAUGUUGCUAUGUGCAUAAUAGCAAAGUUAACCAGCAUAUUGGUGUUGAGAACAAUGUGGCGGAGGCAGCAGCAGAGUUAGGAGACGAGAAAACAGCCCUUGCCUUAAUUGUCUAAGAAGUGAGGAGAGAGGAAACCCCAACUUAAUUAGGUCUAUGAUUAACAGCCUAACUGUUAAAUGUGGCUGGCUUUAUACAGUGGGGGAAAAAAGUAUUUAGUCAGCCACCAAUUGUGCAAGUUCUCCCACUUAAAAAGAUGAGAGAGGCCUGUAAUUUUCAUCAUAGGUACACGUCAACUAUGACAGACAAAAUGAGAAAAAAAAUUCCAGAAAAUCACAUUGUAGGAUUUUUUAUGAAUUUAUUUGCAAAUUAUGGUGGAAAAUAAGUAUUUGGUCAAUAACAAAAGUUUCUCAAUACUUUGUUAUAUACCCUUUGUUGGCAAUGACACAGGUCAAAUGUUUUCUGUAAGUCUUCACAAGGUUUUCACACACUGUUGCUGGUAUUUUGGCCCAUUCCUCCAUGCAGAUCUACUCUAGAGCAGUGAUGUUUUGGGGCUGUCGCUGGGCAACACAGACUUUCAACUCCCUCCAAAGAUCUUCUAUGGGGUUGAGAUCUGGAGACUGGCUAGGCCACUCCAGGACCUUGAAAUGCUUCUUACGAAGCCACUCCUUCGUUGCCCUGGGCGGUGUGUUUGGGAUCAUUGUCAUGCUGAAAGACCCAGCCACGUUUCAUCUUCAAUGCCCUUGCUGAUGGAGGAGGUUUUCACUCAAAAUCUCACGAUACAUGGCCCCAUUCAUUCUUUCCUUUACACGGAUCAGUCGUCCUGGUCCCUUUGCAGAAAAACAGCCCCAAAGCAUGAUGUUUCCACCCCCAUGCUUCACAGUAGGUAUGGUGUUCUUUGGUAUGCAACUCAGCAUUCUUUGUCCUCCAAACACGACGAGUUGAGUUUUUACCAAAACAUUUAUAUUUUGGUUUCAUCUGACCAUAUGACAUUCUCACAAUCCUCUUCUGGAUCAUCCAAAUGCACUCUAGCAAACUUCAGACGGGCCUGGACAUGUACUGGCUUAAGCAGGGGGACACGUCUGGCACUGCAGGAUUUGAGUCCCUGGCGGCGUAGUGUGUUACUGAUGGUAGGCUUUGUUACUUUGGUCCCAGCUCUCUGCAGGUCAUUCACUAGGUCCCCCCUGUGUGGUUCUGGGAUUUUUGCUCACCGUUCUUGUGAUCAUUUUGACCCCACGGGGUGAGAUCUUGCGUGGAGCCCCAGAUCGAGGGAGAUUAUCAGUGGUCUUGUAUGUCUUCCAUUUCCUAAUAAUUGCUCCCACAGUUGAUUUCUUCAAACCAAGCUGCUUACCUAUUGCAGAUUCAGUCUUCCCAGCCUGGUGCAGGUCUACAAUUUUGUUUCUGGUGUCCUUUGACAGCUCUUUGGUCUUGGCCAUAGUGGAGUUUGGAGUGUGACUGUUUGAGGUUGUGGACAGGUGUCUUUUAUACUGAUAACAAGUUCAAACAGGUGCCAUUAAUACAGGUAACGAGUGGAGGACAGAGGAGCCUCUUAAAGAAGAAGUUACAGGUCUGUGAGAGCCAGAAAUCUUGCUUGUUUGUAGGUGACCAAAUACUUAUUUUCCACCAUAAUUUAAUUGAUUCAUAAAAAUAAAUUCAUAAAAAAUCCUACAAUGUGAUUUUCUGGAUUUUUUUUUCUCAAUUCGUCUGUCAUAGUUGACGUGUACCUAUGAUGAAAAUUACAGGCCUCUCUCAUCUUUUUAAGUGGGAGAACUUGCACAAUUGGUGGCUGACUAAAUACUUUUUUCCCCACUGUAAAUCAUCCAUCUAUAUCUACAGAAAUAAGACAGAUCCUGCUUCUGUUGCCUGUUUGACUGUUUGUUUAAUAGCCUACUGAUUCCAUAAGCACCAAGCUAAUUCCGCUUAUUCCGUUUUUUAUCUUUGCUAUCCUUUAAUAAAGGCUUUACACUUGUUUUUCGUUAGACCAGCCUCUCUGGUAUUAUUUAUAAUUUAUUUAGUGUUGUUUACACUGUUUCAAAUUGUCCGAUUUUUAUUUUAUUUAUAAUAAUAAUAAUAAUAAUAAUAAUAAUAAUAAUAACCCUCCUUUUUCCUUGAUCUCCUUAUUGUUAUUAGUUAUUAUUAUUAUUAUUUAUUAUUAUGAUGAUCAUUAUAAUAAUAAGUAAUGUCAUCAUCAUUCGUAGGCUUAGUAUAGCAGCCUUGUAUAACCACCAUCGAGCUGUAGGCCUGAGAACACAUCCUGUUUAGUCUUAAUACCAUAACUUACUUAGGCCUAUAUUUCAAUCAGUCGAUUGGUCGAAAGAACAGACGACUCUUGGUCGACCAAUAAUUGUUUUAGUUGUGGACAGCCCUAGUCGUCAGGUUGCUGAUACCAUAGUUAAGCUUAACAGGCUGGCCUAGUAGUGCAUACAGACCUCUUCCCUUUUUCCACAUGUUGUUACGUUACAGCCUUGUUCUAAAAUUGAUUAAAUUAAGUUUUCCCUCAUCAAUCUACACACAAUAACCCAUAACGACAAAGCAAAAACUGUUUUUUAGAAAUAAAAAAUAAAAAACCUUAUUUACAUAAGUAUUCAGACCCUUUGCUAUGAGAAUCGAAAUUGAGCUCAGGUGAAUCCUGUUUCGAUUGAUCAUCCUUGAGAUGUUUCUACAACUUGAUUGGAGUCCACUUGUGGUUAAUUCAAUUGAUUGGUCAUGGAUUUGGAAAGGCACACACCUGUCUAUAUAAGGUCCCACAGUUGACAGUGCAUGUCAGAGCAAAAACCAAGCCAUGAGGUCGAAGGAAUUGUCCGUAGAGCUCCGAGACAAGAUUGUGUCGAGGCACAGAUCUGGGGAAGGGUACCAAAAAAUGUCUGCAUCAUUGUAGUUCCCCAAGAACACAGUGGCCUCCAUCAUUCUUAAAUGGAAGAAGUUUGGAACCACCAAGACUCUUCCUAGAGCUGGCCGCCUGGCCAAAUUGAGCAAUCGGGGGAUAAGGGCCUUGGUCAGGGAGGUGACCAAGAACCCGAUGGUCACUCUGACAGAGCUCCAUAGUUCCUCUGUUGAGAUGGGAGAACCUUCCAGAAGGACAACCAUCUCUGCAGCACUCCACCUAUCAGACCUUUAUGGGAGAGUGGCCAGACGGAAGCCACUCCUCAGUAAAAGGCACAUGACAGCCUGCUUGGAGUUUGCCAAAAGGCACCUAAAGGACUCUCAGACCAUGAGAAACAAGAUUCUCUGGUCUGAUGAAACCAAGAUUGAACUCUUUGGCCUGAAUGCCAAGUGUCACGUCUGGAGGAAACCAGGCACCGCUCAUCACCUGGCCAAUACCAUCCUACAUUGAAGCAUGGGGGUGGCCACAUCAUGCUGUGGGGAUGUUUUUCAGUGGCAGGGACUGGGAGACUAGUCAGGAUCGAGGGAAAGAUGAACGGAGCAAAGUACAGAUGAAAACCUGCUCCAGAGCGCUCAGGACCUCAGACUGGGGCGAAGGUUCACCUUCCAACAGGACAACGACCCUAAGCACACAGCGAAGACAACGCAGGAGUGUCUUUGGGACAAGUCUCUGAAUGUCCUUGAGUGGCCCAGCCAGAGCCCGGACUUGAACCCGAUCUAACACCUCUGGAGAGACCUGAAAAUAGCUGUGGACGGUCCCCAUCCAACCUGACAGAGCUUGAGAGGAUCUGCAGAGAAGAAUGGGAGAAAUUCCCCAAAUACAGGUGUGCCAAGCUUGUAGUGUCAUACCCAAGAAGACUCAAGGCUGUAAUCGCUGCCAAAGGUGCUUCAACAAAGUAUUGAGUAAAGGGUCUGAAUACUUGUGUAAAUGAUUUUUUAUUUUAUUUUAUUUGUAAUACAUUUGCUUAAAUUUCUAAAAACCAGUUUUUGCUUUGUCAUUAUGGGGUAUUGUGUGUAGAUUGAGGAGGGAAAAAAUAUAUUUGAUCAAUUUUAGAAUAAGGCUGUAACGUAACAAAAUGUGGAAAAAGCGAAGGGAUCUGAAUACUUUCUGAAGACACUGUAUACCAUAGUUGUUGGGACCAUUCCGGAAAAGACGAUGUGAAAAGAUAGGAUCUGAGCCAGCAUAGUGGGGUUUGGGUCAGCCCUAGAGUGGGAAUUGACCCCAGUGUCAUUGGUUCCACAGAUAAACCGACCACCGGCAAAGCUCAACCUCCUGACCUGUCAGGUGCGCCCCAACCCCGAUGAGAGGAGGACCUUUGACCUGGUCACACGUAGGUUCACCUCUCCCUGACCUCUCACCCUUGACCUCUCACCCCUCACCUCUCCACAUACCUAUGGUCUGAGCUGUGUGCAAGUGCAUUUGCGUGUCUAUAUGCGUGUGUAUUUGUCUGAGCCUGUGUGUAUGUAAUGGAAAGCAGGUGCAGAGAGGCUAGUCUCCCUCAACCGAUCCUCUCUCUGUGUCUGUGGAUCAGGUUUUCCCCCUGUAUGUAUCCCUUGGAAUGUAGCCUACUGCACUCUCUCUGUCAUCCUCCUCUCUCUCUCCUCUCCUGUCCUGUCCCUCUAAAUUCACACCUAUCUUUCCUCUCUCUCCUCUCCAGAUAAUCGGACGUACCAUUUCCAAGCCGAGGACGAGCAGGAAUGCGUUAUGUAAGCACAGCACUGGAAUCCCCCCUUGUUUCUAUACAAGUAUUGUUCCAAAUACACUGGAAUCCCUCCUCGUUUCUAUACAAGUAUUGUUCCAAAUACACUGGAAUCCCUCCUCGUUUCUAUACAAGUAUUGUUCCAAAUACACUGGAAUCCCUCCUAGUUUCUAUACAAGUAUUGUUCCAAAUACACUGGAAUCCCUCCUCAUUUCUAUACAAGCAUUGUUCCAAAUACACUGGAAUUCCUCCUAGUUUCUAUACAAGUAUUGUUCCAAAUACGCUGGAAUCCCUCCUAGUUUCUAUACAAGUAUUGUUCCAAAUACGCUGGAAUCCCUCCUAGUUUCUAUACAAGUAUUGUUCCAAAUACGCUGGAAUCCCUCCUCGUUUCUAUACAAGUAUUGUUCCAAAUACACUGGAAUCCCUCCUCGUUUCUAUACAAGUAUUGUUCCAAAUACACUGGAAUCCCUCCUUGUUUCUAUACAAGUAUUGUUCCAAAUACACUGGAAUCCUUCAUAGAUUGUAUACAAGCAUUGUUCCCAUAGAAAUAGAAUGAAUAGAACGGGCAUCCCCGUUCAAGUCAAUGGUGACAUAAUGAUGGGACUGGCGGCCAUUGCUAGUGUACCCAUAGCAAAGCAGGAAGUAAAAGCAGGAAGUGUACCCAUCAAUCUGUGCUGUGAUUUGUUGAAUCACCUCAACUGACAUUACAAAAAUACUUUCCAUUGCAUGAGCCACAUCAAUUAACAUAAUUUGGAUGAACAUUCUACAUUACCAUGGAAGUUGUUGCAUCACAAUACCAGGCAUCUAUUGCGAGUGUACCCAUGAGUUUACCUGUCAAAUUGCCAGGGUUAGAGGUUCCAAGCCCAUUCUAUUCAUUCGAUUUCUAUGAUUGUUCCAAAUACACUGACAUCCCUCCUAGAUUCUAUACAAGCAUUGUUCCAGAUCCACUGAGGUGUAUAUAAGGGCAGUGACUGAGCCAUUCAGAAAGAGAAAGAGAGAAAUUCCAUUCAGAAAGAGGAAACGAUUACAAUAUAUUAUUUAUUUCAGAGAGAGGAACAGAUACAAAGUAGAUCUUCUUUCAGAAAGAGAAAUAGAAAAUGAUACUGAGAUACAUAGAAAGAAAGAAAGAAAACAGAGUGAAGUUACAGAAAGCAGAAAAGGGAUACAUUCAGAAAAAAGAGAUACAAUGUAUUUCAAGACACAGAGACACACAGACUCCGAUUUAGCUUUUGACUCAAUUUGGCAUGAGGGUCUGCUAUACAAAUUGAUGGAAAGCGGUGUUUGGGGGACAACAUACGAUGUUAUAAAAUCUAUGUACACAAACAAGUGCAGUUAAAAUAGGCAAUAAACACACAGAUGUCUUUCCUCAGGCCGUGGGGUGAGACAGGGAUGCAGCUUGAGCCCCACCCUCUUUAACAUACAAUGCCUAUAGAAAGUCUACACCCCUGUGAACUUUUUUCACAUUUUGUUGUCAUUGCCUCAGUUUCAUGCAUUUAAAUAAAAAUGUUUUCCCACUUAUCUACACACUUUUAAGGAGAUGUUUUUGGGGGGUGAAAAAAUGACAUACUGUAUUAAAAAUACAAAAUUGAAAUAUCAUAAUUGGAUAAAUCUCCACCCACCUGAGUUAAUACUAGGUGGAAACACCUUUAGCAGCCAUUACAGCUGUGAGUCUGUUGGGAUAGGUCUCUACCAACUUUGCACACCUAGAUUUGGCAAUAUUUGACCAUUCUUCUUCACAAAACUGUUCAAGCUCUUUCAAGUUCUUUGGACAGCAAUCUUCAAGUCAUGCCACAUAUUUUGGAUUGGAUUUAGGUCAGAGCUCUGACUGGGCCACUCAAGGACAUUUACCUAUUUAUUCCUUAGCCACUUUGGCUGUGUGCUUCGGGUCGUUGUCAUGCUGAAAGGUGAACUUCCAUCCCAGUUUCAGCUUUCUUGCGGAGGGCAGCAGGUUUGCUUCAAGGACUUUUCUGUACAUUUCUCCAUUCAUCUUCCCUUCUAUCCUGAUAAGUGCCCCAGUCUCUGACGAUGAGAAACAUCCCCAUAACAUGAUGCUGCCACCACCAUGCUUCACAGUAGGGAUGUGUUCUUUGGGUGAUGUGCCGUGUUGGGUUUGCACCAAACGUAACUCUUUGCAUCUACAGUUGAAGUCGGAAGUUUACAUACACCUUAGCCAAAUACAUUUAAACUCAGUUUUUCACAAUUCCUGACAUUUAAUCCUAGUAAAAAUUCCCUGUCUUAGGUCAGUUAGGAUCAUCACUUUAUUUUAAGUAUGUGAAAUGUCAAAAUAAUAGUAGAGAGUGAUUUAUUUCAGCUUUUAUUUCUUUCAUCACAUUCCCAGUGGGUCAGAAGUUUACAUGCACUCAAUUAGUAUUUGGUAGCACUGCCUUUAAAUUGUUUAACUUGGGUCAAACGUUUCGGGUAGCCUUCCACAAGCUUCCCACAAUAAGUUGGGUGAAUUUUCGCCCAUUCCUCCUGACAGAGCUGGUGUAACUGACUCAGGUUUGUAGGCCUCCUUGCUCGCACACGCUUUUUCUGUUCUGCCCACAGAUUUUCUAUAGGAUUGAGAUCAGGGCUUUGUGAUGGCCACUCCAAUACCUUGACUUUGUUGUCCUUAAGCCAUUUUGACACAACUUUGGAAGUAUGCUUGCGGUCAUUGUCCAUUUGGAAGAUCCAUUUGCCACCAAGCUUUAACUUCCUGACUGACGUCUUGAGAUGUUGCUUUAAUAUAUCCACAUCAUUUUCCUUUCUCAUGAUGCCAUCUAUUUUGUGAAGUGCACCAGUCCCUCCUGCAGCAAAGCACCCCCACAGCAUGAUGCUGCCACCCCCGUGCUUCACGGUUGGGAUGGUGUUGUUCGGCUUGCAAGCCACCCCCUUUUUCCUCCAAACAUAACGAUGGUCAUUAUGGCCAAACAGUUCUAUUUUUGUUUCAUCAGACCAGAGGACAUUUCUCCAAAAAGUACGAUCUUUGUCCCCAUGUGCAGUUGCAAACCUUAGUCUGGCUUUUUUAUGGCGGUUUUGGAGCAGUGGCUUCUUGCUUGCUGAGCGGCCUUUCAGGUUAUGUCGAUAUAGGACUCGUUUUACUGUGGAUAUAGAUACUUUUGUACCUGUUUCCUCCAGCAUCUUCACAAGGUCCUUUGCUGUUGUUCUGGAAUUGAUUUUCACUUUUCGCACCAAAGUACGUUCAUCUCUAGGAGACAGAACGCGUCUCCUUCCUGAGCGGUAUGACGGCUGUGUGGUCCCAUGGUGUUUAUACUUGCCUACUAUUGUUUGUACAGAUGAACGUGGUACCUUCAGGCGUUUGGAAAUUGCUCCCAAGGAUGAACCACACUUGUGGAGGUCUACACAUUUUUUUCUGAGGUCUUGGCUGAUUUCUUUUGAUUUUCCCAUGAUGUCAAGCAAAGAGGCACUGAGUUUGAAGGUAGGCCUUGAAAUACAUCCACAGGUACACCUCCAAUUGACUCAGAUGAUGUCAAUUAGCCUAUCAGAAGCUUAUAAAGCCAUAGUAUCAUUUUCUGGAAUUUUCCAAGCUGUUUAAAGGCACAGUCAACUUAGUGUAUGUAAACUUCUGACCCACUGGAAUUGUGAUACAGUGAAAUAAUCUGUCUGUAAACAAGUGUUGGAAAAGUAGAUGUCCUAACCAAUUUGCCAAAACUAUAGUUUGUUAACAAGAAAUUUGUGGAGUGGUUGGAAAACGAGUUUUAAUGACUCCAACCUAAGUGUAUGUAAACUUCCGACUUCAACUGUAGGCCAAAAAGUUCAAUUUUAGUUUAGUCAGACCACAAAACGUUUUGCCACAUGGCUACAGAAUCUCCAGAGUGUUUUUGUGCAUACUUCAAAUGGGAUUCAAGGUGGGCUUUCUUGAGUAAUGGCUUCGUUCUGGCCACCCUACAGUACAUGGCCGAUUUGUGGUGUUUGGGAUAUCGUUGUCACAUGCACACUUGGACCAGUCUUGUCCAUAAAAGCCUGUAUAUGUUUUUCACUUCGAAGUUGUGGCGUAGGAUGUUUAGAUCAAUGGGGGAAAAACCAGUUUAAUCCAUUUUAAUUCAAGGCUAUUUGAAGAUUUUGAAAGGGGGGUAGACUUUCUAUAGGCACUGUAUAUAUCAAUGAAUUGGCGAGGGCACUAGAACAAUCUGCAGCACCUGGUCUCACCCUACUAGACUCUGAAGUCAAAUGUUUACUGUUUGCAGAUGAUCUGGUGCUUCUGUCCCCAACCAAGGAGGGCCUACAGCAGCACCUAGAUCUUCUGCACAGAUUAUGUCAGACCUGGGCCCUGACAGUAAAUCUCAGUAAGACAAAAAUAAUGGUGUUUCAAAAAAGGUCCAGUUGCCAGGAAAACAAAUACGAAUUCUAUCUAGAAACUGUUGCCCUAGAGCACACAAAUAACUAUAUCUACCUCAGCCUAAACAUCAACACCACAGGUAAUUUCCACAAGUUACAAUGAUCUAAGUUACAACAAUCUAAGAGACAAUGCAAGAAGGGCUUUCUAUGCCAUCAAAAGGAACAUAAAACUAGACAUCCCAACUAGGAUCUGUCUAAAAAUACUCCAAUCAGUUCUAGAACCCAUUGCUCUCUAUGGUUGUGAGGUCUGGGGUGCUUUCACCAACCAAGAAUUCACAAAAUGGGACAAACACCCAAUUGAGACUCUGCAUGCAGAAUUCUGCAAAAAUAUCCUUUACUGUAUGUACAAUGCAAAACCCCAAACAAUGCAUGCAGAGCAGAAUGAAGACUAUACCCGCUAAUUAUCAAUAUCCAGAAAAGAGCUGUUAAAUUCUACAACCACUUAAAAGGAAGCGAAGCCCACAUAUUCCACCACAAAGCCCUCACCUACAGAGAGAUCAACCUAGAGAAGAGUCCCCUCAGGCAGUUGGUUCUGGGGCUCUGUUCACAAACACAAACAGAGCCCCAGGACAGCAACACAAUUAGACCCAACCAAAUUAUGAGAAAACAAAAAAGAAAGAAAGAAUCAACCAAAAAACAGAGCAAACUGGAAUGUUAUCUGGCCCUAAACAUAGUGGCAGAAUACCUGACCACUGUAACUGACCCAAAACAAAGAAAAUCCUUGACUAUGUACAGACUCAGUGAGCAUAGCCUUGCUAUUGAGAGAGGCCGCCGUAGGCAGACCUUGCUCUCAAGAGAAGAAGGGCUAUGUGCACACUGCCCACAAAAUGAGGUGGAAACUGAGCUGCACGAGAGAGUGAGCGAGAGAGGGUAGCUGGUGUGGGAUGGGACCUCUCUCUGGGGCACACAGAGCUGGUGUGGGAUGGGACCUCUCUCUGGGGCACACAGAGCUGAGUAGUUUCUCUCCUCCCUUCCUCCUCGGGAUCAAGCCUUUGGAUGUCGUCUGUGGAGAGGUGAGAAGAAGAAGGGAGGAGGCUCAGCUGAAACAAAAGCAACAAAAAGAAAGAAAGAUUGAGAGAGGGGUAUGAGAAUGAGAAAGUGUAAAUGUGCCAAGCUCCCAGUGGUGGUACAUUAACCCAAGUAUAUAACUAUAAAGACACAGGACUAUCAUGUGGGCAGUCUGUGCUUUUGAAGAGCAGAAGGUAGACCUCCAUAGUAGUCCCAUUAAAAAAAAAAACAUUUGAAAUGUACCGGUAAAAAUCAGUAAGACAUUUCCAGAAUGAAUGACUUGUAAGACAUUACAUACCUGUAUAAACACUAUAUUGUAUUGUUUAAUCUCUCUCUCUCUCUCUUCACCCCCCCUCCCCUCCCCUCCCCUCCCUCCUCUCCCCUCCCCUAGUUGGGUGUCGGUGCUGCAGAACAGUAAGGAGGAAGCCCUGAACACGGUGUUGGGAGGGGACCAGUCGCAGUUCCAAGACUCCGGGCUGCAGGAGCUGGCCAGGGCUGUCAUCACCGAGCUCAGACACAUGCCCGGCAACGAGUCCUGCGCCGACUGUGGAGCCCACGGUGAGACUGGUGGACAGGAGAUAGUCAGUGGGAGGAUUCAUUGAGAGGCUUUAGGCUGUGCUCUUGUCCUGUCUCCACACUUAAAGAGACGUGUGGAGAAUCAGGACACAGCCAGUAGGGAUGGAAUGUAAGUCCCAAUUUAUAAACUGGGUGGUUCGAGCCCUGAAUGCUGAAUGGCUGACAGCCGUGGUAUAUUACACCAUUUACCAUGUGUAUGACAAAACAUUUUUAUUUUUACUGCUCUAAUUACGUUGCGUCGUGCCUAAGAACAGCCCUUAGCCCAGGUAUAUUGGACAUAUACUAAACGCCCUCGAGGCCUUAUUGCUUAAGUAUAAAUCCCAGUGUUGAACUGCGCUAACUCUACUCCUCAUGCUCUGUCCCUGUGUUGUCAACAGAUCCCACGUGGCUCUCCACUAACCUGGGCAUCCUGACGUGUAUAGAGUGUUCUGGGAUCCACAGGGAACUGGGAGUCCACUACUCCAGGAUCCAGUCCCUCACACUGGACAUGCUUAGCACCUCCGAACUACUAGUAAUGUUGACCCCAUCUUAGUCCCAACACACCCACACACACACACACACACUGAUCUAUACACACACACACUGAUCUAUACACACACACACUGAUCUAUACACACACACACACACACACACACACACACACACACACACACUGAUCUAUACACACAUACACACACACAUACACACCUCCAUUUCUAAACAAGCGUUAAUUUGCUGAGCUCUGCCUUGGCUUUAGCUCAGCAUGCUAACUUGGUUUAUAGUUGUGACAAUGGCAUGGGUUAGAUAUGUAGUAUUUCAUUCAUAUUCAUGAUGCACUGAAAGUUUAGUCCCUAUACAGCUGUACUCACAUACCUUGUAUCCUAACGCCUCCACUGUCUGUCUGUCCACAGCUGGCAGUCAGUAUAGGCAACACCCGCUUCAAUGAUAUCAUGGAGGCCAAUCUUCCCAAUGAUUCCAUCAAACCCCUCCCCCAGAGUGACAUGUAAGUCCAUUAUAAGCCUCAUACUUCAAUCAUGUUCUCAUUGGUGGGGCAAUCUUGGUUUGAAACAACACAUUUUGACGGAAGCCAUAUUGGCACAAAAAAAUCCAAAACGAUAUCAACCAGGGUUGGGGUCAUUCCAUUUAAAUUCAGUUCUUGAAUCGACUGAAUUGAAAUGGAAUUGAACCCAACCCUGGUGCAAACAUGGAGGAUAUAGUUAACCAGUUGCUGCAUACCUAUGGCUCUGUCCGGUUGUGAAACCAGGAACGCCAGGAAGGAGUACAUCGUGGCCAAGUACGCGGAGCGGCGCUACGUGUUGCGCAGGGACCGGGACGGGGAGGACGGUGAGCCGUGGCGUGUGUACGAUGCCGUGAGGAGCCGGGACCUGACCGCCCUGCUGCAGCUGUACGCCCAGGGAGAGGACCUGGCCAAGCCGCUAGCACUGCCUGAGGGGGGACAGGUACUAGACAUAAGGCUGUGACGGUCAUGGAAUUGUGGAUGACGGUUAUGGUCAGCCAAAUGACCGUGGUCACCGUUAUAAUCGUUCAAAUUUGUAAAGAGUCCAUGUUACCGCAGAAACGAACUCAACCGCACAAAUGCCCGGCUGUCCCGUCUUCAGUCAGCCGUUCGUUCUACAAAACUUUUAAAUUAAAAUAAGACGUUUAAGACGUCUUCUUUUAUUUUCACGACGGUCUUCAUCCAUAAUCGUCGGUAACUGUGCCAGCCCUAGUACUAGAUAGCAGAGAGAUACACCCAUUUAGAUACACACACACACACACACACACACACACACACACACACACACAGCAGACAGACACAGUACUGCGACAGGUACUGGAUAGGACACGCACAAGCAUACAUGCGCACACCACACACACAAAUACACACACCAACACACACAAAUACACACACCAACACACACAAAUACACACACCACACACACAAAUACACACACACCAACACACACAAAUACACACACCAACACACACACCACACACACAAAUACACACACCAACACAAGCACACAGCAUAAACAUGAACAUGGUCAUAUUACAUGUAGGAUCGAGUAUGAAAUUCCCAAGAUAACUUCCCAGUGGAAGCUUUGAAGUGUGUGCCCCUCCAAGAUAUCAUUAGGAUGCUGUUUCUAAUGUUACGAGCUGUGAAAUUAUUCAAACACAAGGCAGCGGGUCGGCCCCAUAUGAUUUAAUUAGCUAGCUAAUGCCGGAAGGCUCCAUUUAAAAUUACAUUCUGGGAUUUGAAGAACAAAACAAAUAAAAUAUGAAAAUGAUCGUCGAACAAAUUGCCAGAUCCCAGACUGUGACUUUUAACAUGCCUCUAUGGGCUUGAUUCAUCUGGCUGUGGCUGGCCUCUCCUCUCAGAAGACUGCUUUGAUUCAUCUGGCUGUGGCUGGCCUCUCCUUUCAGAAGACUGCUGUGGUUGUAGUAUCUCAAAAUAAACCACUACAACUGUUGUACAUUGUAAUGUUGUAAACAUCGCCGUUUGUGUUUGUGUGUGUUCGCAGUGAAGUGUGUGUGAAGUGUGAGUGUGUAGUUAGUCAGAAGGCUCAGAACUGUAGUUAGUAACCACUCCCUUCUCUCUCUGUAAUUACACUCAAUCUAUCCCUCUCUCAUUUUACACCCUUAUAUCUCCUCUCCUCUCUUGUUUCCUCUCUCUCCCUCUCUUUUCAUUUCUUUGAUCAAUUUCACCCUCUGUUGCUUCCUAAGGGUGUGUAAUAGUACUGUCAUGCACACAUUUUGAUCUGUGUGUGUGGCGUGUGUGUGUGUGUGUAUGUAUGUGUGUGUGUGUUUGUGUGUGUGUGUUGUGUGUUGGCAGGGUCUCAUUUAUUAUUUCAGCUUUCUGGGUCAGAGCUCAUGUCUCCAGAGAGCUGAGGGGAGCAGUUCAUUGUAUUGCUCAUUCAUCACACACACACACACACACACACACACACACUCAGUGGGUGUACCUAAUGAGUUUCUUCUGUCUUCUAGCAUCUGAGAGAGACAGCUCUUCACUUGGCUGUGAGACUGGAGGAGAGGAGCUCUCUAUCCCUGGUGGACUUCCUCAUACAGAACAGGUGAGAGCCCCCUAACGGCAGACCCCUAAACAACACCAAACCCCUCAAUAACACCAGACCCCUCAAUAACACCAGAACAUGAUUACACAAGGGCUGUGUCAGAAAACUCACCGUAUAAUCUGUGCUUCCUCCGUUUCCCCCUCUUAGUGGGCCCUAUGCAGACCUGAGAUAAGUAGACUCAACAUUUUGAUUUCAGUCAACAAAUGUUGAUUGUUAUCUCAACUUAUCUCCAGUCUGAAUCGGGCCCAAAUUGCAUUGGGGGAGAGGAUCCAAGGUCCCUCCCUCAGACCUCCUCCACCAAUAGCUUUGAAGGGAGUUUAGGGAACAAGGAGGCAAGUAUUUGACUGCUAGUAACAUCUUCAGACACAGCCCAGGGGUGUGUACUCAGCAAGGCGAAACGUUUAGAGUGGUGCAGAUAGAAACACAUGAUGUACAUCAGAUAUGAUCACAUUUCACGCUCCUGAACAGACCCCAGCACUCCUUCCUCUAGCCUUACUCUGGCCGUGUCCCAAUUGUCUGUCGCCCUAUAUAGUGUACUACUUUUUGAUCAGGGCCCAUAUGGCUAUAGUCAUAAGUAGUGUGCUACGUAGGGAAUAUGGUGCCAUCUGGGACAGAUUCUCUGUCACCAGAAUUGACCAUUAGUACUGUCUUACCUACACCAGCCCCCUCUGAAGACAUACAUGUACAUCACAUUGACUCCAAUUGUCUGUCGCCACUUAACAAGUGUCUGUCUGGAGAAGAGGACUCUAGAGGGGAACACCGCUCUACACUACAGUGCCCAGCACCACAAAACAGAGUGCCUCAAACUGCUGCUCAAAGGAAAGGCUGUCCUCCACACAGGUACCUGGUACACACCUAUACACACACAUACAGUAUAUAUACAGUAUGUACACACACUGUGCCUUUAGUGCUUGUCAGUUGGGUUCAAUAGGGAUACCACAGUUGGAGACUUAACUGCUCUCUCCGUCUCUGUCUCUGUCUCUGUCUCUCUCUGUCUCUGUCUCUGUCUCUCCCCCUCUCCAUCUAUCCAUCCAUCCAUCCAUCCAUCCAUCCAUCCAUCCAUCCAUCCAUCCAUCCAUCCAGUGAAUUCAUCAGGAGAGACUGCUCUGGACAUCGCCAGGAGACUGCAGCACUCCCAGUGUGUGGAACUGGUAUGAGCUGACUGACUGGGUUUAGGUUUAUUUGAACAUUACAUUUACAUUUAAGUCAUUUAGCAGACGCUCUUAUCCAGAGCGACUUACAGUUAGUGCAUACAUUUUAUUGUAUUUUAUUUUUUAUAUAUUGUUUUCAUACUCUUGCUACAUAAGAUGAAACAAGCAUAAAAUGUGAUAUCAUACGAUAUAAAACACAGGUAAAAAAAUAUAUGAUUAGCCUAAUUAUAUGGACAGUUCAUCAUCAAAGUCAUAAACAACAAAUUGGCGAAACACUAAAUCAAUAAAUAUGCAUAUCAAUGUCUUUAGUGAUAGAGUCAUUUGCAUCGUUUGAGAGCUCUUGCCAAGAAAGGGACUGACUGACCCCUGACUUUACAGUUAACUCCCAGUGCAAAUACAACCUUUAUUUUCCUACUGGCUUCCCCUGCUAAACCUGCUUUGAACCCGUUCCAUUUCCUGUCUUCCUCUCCUUUAUGGAACAAUAGAUAACAUGCUGACUCUCUCCGAUUAUGGUUAGGUGCUGAAUUCUCAUAGUAAAGUCCAUAAUGAAAGACAUUGUUAAUUUCCUGUCCUCUUAUCAUUUAUGACCUUGUUGCGUGUUUUACUGGAAAACGAUAUCCAUUCAUUCCUGUUAAAACAGUGAAAAGCCAAGUAACCUAAGACUGAAGUUGCAUGACAGACUGUUAAAGGGCAACUUUAACAUAAAUGUUCAUAUUCAUUAUCUCCAGCACCAUACCAUGUCUACAAACUGUUUCAGCGCUUUUAACAUUUGUCCCAUAGCUUGAAUAUCCUCUUUUAUUUUCUGGAUUAUAUUUUGAGUAUUUAAAAGGUACUGAUAGGAGCAAUGACUUGACUUGCUAUGCUAUGUUUGUAAUCUGAGCAAAAUAUCGAUUUGUAGCUGAACUGACCUGUGUGUGUUUUUGUUCCUCUGUUUGUGUGUGUACGCGUGUGUGUUUGUUUGUGUGUGUGUGUGUUCCUGUGUGUGUGUGUUUGUGUGUGUACGUACGUGUGUGUGUGUGUUUGUUUGUGUUUUAGCUGGAGCUGGCCCAGAGUGGGAAGUUCAACACUCAGAUCCAUGUGGAGUACAUGUGGGAGACACAGAGCCAGGACAUGUACGACAGCGAAGAUGACUUGGAUGAGAGGGUACACGCAUGCACGCACGCACGCACAGGCAUACCGAAUACGACCUGGAGGAGAGGGUACACACACACACUAACCACUGCACAACCAAUACCCCAGUACUCCAGUACUCCCAACAGCACAUUUUUAUUGUAGCCCUGGACAAACUCACUAUCGCUCGACUUACACUUAGUCAUGGGGGUUGUUAGAAUGGGGGGGUGUUAGAAUGGGGGAGGUGUUAGAAAGGGGGGGUGUAAGAUUGGUUGAGGUGUUAGAAUGGGGGGUGUUAGAAUGGGGGGGGGUUAGAAUGGGGGAGGUGUUAGAAUAGGGGGAGGUGUUUAGAAUGGUGUAGGUGUUAGAAUGGGGGGGGUUAGAAUGGGGGAGGUGUUAGAAUGGGGGGAGGUGUUAGAAUGGGGGGGGUGUUAGAAUGGGGGAGGUGUUAGAAUGGGGAGGUGUUAGAAUGGGGGAGGUGUUUCAAAUGGGGGGGGUGUUAGAAUGGGGGGGUGUUAGAAAUGGUGGAGGUGUUAGAAUGGGGGGGGUAGAAUGGGGGGAGGUGUUAGAAUGGGGGAGGUGUUAGAAUGGGGGGGGGUGUAGAAUGGGGGAGGUGUUAGAAUGGGGGGAGGUGUUAGAAUGGGGGAGGUGUUAGAAUGGGGGGGGUUGUUAGAAUGGGGGAGGUGUUAGAAUGGGGGAGGUGUUCGAAUGGGGAGGGGGGAUGUUAGAAGGGGGGUGUGGAUGUUAGAAGGGGGGUGUGGAUGUUAGAAGGGGGGUGUGGAUGUUAGAAGGGGGUGUGUAGGGACUAGGGUGUAGGGACUAGGGUGUAGGGACUAGGGGGUAGGGCCUAGGGGGUAGGGCCUAGGGUGUAGGGACUAGGGGGUAGGGCCUAGGGUGUAGGGACUAGGGUGUAGGGACUAGGGGGUAGGGCCUAGGGGGUAGGGACUAGGGGGUAGGGACUAGGGGGUAGGGACUAGGGGGUAGGGCCUAGGGUGUAGGGACUAGGGGGUAGGGCCUAGGGUGUAGGGACUAGGAUGUAGGGACUAGGGUGUAGGGACUAGGGUGUAGGGCCUAGGGUGUAGGGCCUAGGGAUUGUUUUUGCCAUUUUUGGCAUCAUAUACUGACCAGCUCCCCCCCCCCCCCUCUCUACUCUUCAGGUGAACCCCUUACCCAGGAACCUGCACUCCCCUCUGCCCUCCAACGGGGGUGUGGUGGGCACCUCGCCCUCCCGCUGGAGCUUCGCCAACGCCCCCGUGGCGUGUAAGACCUAUGAAAACGUGGACUUCCUAUACCGUAACCCCCCCGCCAAUAGCGCGCCAUCUGGCGUCCUCAUGCCCCCACCCCCGCUGCCCGCUAAAGCCAUCAUGAGAGGUGAACAAACGCACAAACAUGAACGUUAUAGCCCAGGUAGUCCCCCUCUGUUUGAGUCAGUUUUCCACCGUUUGGUGGCUAAUGAACAAGACCCUGGAAAGCGGUCUAGUAUAGUUUAUAGUGGGUGUUUGAGUUCUGUGGUGGUGGAAACCGUACCUCUUUCCCCUCCACCUGUAGCAGCAGUCUCAGGGAGUCUCGUAGCUGAGAGAGCUGUCUCACCUCUUCAUCCUGGUCCUGACGCACCUACAGUAAACACACACACAGACACACACAGACACACACCUACAGUAAACACACACAUCUAAUCUGUUUCCACAUGAUCUGCAAACACUGAAAUAGGGGCUCGAUCUCAACUUGUCUUUCUGUGAUUCCUCUCAUCCCAUCUCCCCAUCCCAUUUCAUCUCCUCUCAUCCCAUCUCCCCAUCCCAUCCCAUUUAAUCUCCUCUCAUCUCCUCUCAUCUCAUCUCAUCUCCUCUCAUCCCAUCCCAUUUUCUUCUUAACUGUAUUUGAGGACCUUCCCUCGCAUCUUCCUCACCUUUUGAGAAGGAGGCAAGGAUGUGAGGAAUCAAGGAUGGACAAAUUGAGGAAGAGACUGUUUUGUAUGGCAGUCUGUUCCUGUGUCUCUCUCUCUCUCUCACUCACCUGAUCCCGUCUCCCUCUCUCCGCACCCCCAGGUCGCUCGGACCCCCAGAUCUCCUUGUCCACUCAGGAGGGGGUCAGCAAAACCCCCCAGCGCUGCUGCUCCAACCCUGCCCCACAGUCCAGCCCCAGACACAGCCCCCCCUCCCCCAUGCUGGAGGGUCAGGGAGCCCAGGGCCAGAGUCAGGGGGGGCGCCCACCCAGAUCACCCCAUGGCCAGGGGGGCCUGGUGAGGGGACAGAGACAGACCGCAGCCUGGGAGGGUCAGGCCAUUACUGGGUCAGGGUCCUCAGACAGAGACAGCACCAAGUCUAACAGCAGUUCCAGCUUCCCUCAGAACCACAUAGGACCUGUCAGGUAACCCUAAAAUACUUUCAGAACUGACAGAGAAAGUAGGAGAUCAGUCUGGUUUUGCAAUAUUAGGACGGAUAGACUCCCUCUAUUCCUGCUAGUUCAAAUGUUAGACUCCUUCCUGGUCACUCUUUUGUGUGUCUUCACAGUAAAAUGUUUCUAUUCAUGAUUUGAUGAUUAGAAAUGAAUAGUCAAACAUGUUUUUUUUAAAUGGACAACCCUAGAGUUAAGAGAGAGAAUUCAUCAGUUCUGAAGAUGACUGCCUUUGUUGUACUGUGUGUGUUCGGGCAGCAGUUUACUGCAAGGUAAAAUGACCUCACAGCGCCCGCUGUUGAAGCCUAGCAUUUCUCUACAAGCUGAGCACAUAGCUCAUUCUAACAGUAAUGAACACCUACAGUGAGGGAAAAAAGUAUUUGAUCCCCUGCUGAUUUCGUCCGUUUGCCCACUGACAAAGACAUGAUCAGUCUCUAAUUUUAAUGGUAGGUUUAUUUGAACAGUGGGAGACAGAAUAACAACAACAAAAAUCCAGAAAAACGCAUGUCAAAAAUGUUAUGAAUUGAUUUGCAUUUAAUGAGGGAAAUAAGUAUUUGACCCCUCUGCAAAACAUGACUUAGUACUUGGUGGCAAAACCCUUGUUGGCAAUCACAGAGGUCAGACGUUUCUUGUAGUUGGCCACCAGGGUUGCACACAUGUCAGGAGGUAUUUUGUUCCACUCCUCUUUGCAGAUCUUCUCCAAGUCAUUAAGGUUUCGAGGCUGACGUUUGGCAACUCAAACCUUCAGCUCCCUCCACAAAUGAUCUAUGGGAUUAAGGUCUGGAGACUGGCUAGGCCACUCCAGGACCUUAAUGUGCCUCUUCUUGAGCCACUCCUUUGUUGCCUUGGCCGUGUGUUUUGGGUCAUUGUCAUGCUGGAAUACCCAUCCACUACCCAUUUUUAAUGCCCUGGCUGAGGGAGGUUCUCACCCAAGAUUUGACGGUACAUGGCCCCGUCCAUCGUCCCUUUGAUGCGGUGAAGUUGUCCUGUCCCCUUAGCAGAAAAACACCCCCAAAGCAUAAUGUUUCCAACUCCAUGUUUGACGGUGGGGAUGGUGUUCUUGGGGUCAUAGGCAGCAUUCCUCCUCCUCCAAACACGGCGAGUUGAGUUGAUGCCAAAGAGCUCGAUUUUGGUCUCAUCUGACCACAACACUUUCACCCAGUUCUCCUCUGAAUCAUUCAGAUGUUCAUUGGCAAACUUCAGACGGCCCUGUAUAUGUGUUUUCUUGAGCAGGGGGACCUUGUGGGCGCUGCAGGAUUUCAGUCCUUCACGGCGUAGUGUGUUACCAAUUGUUUUCUUGGUGACUAUGGUCCCAGCUGCCUUGAGAUCAUUGACAAGAUCCUCCCGUGUAGUUCUGGGCUGAUUCCUCACCGUUCUCAUGAUCAUUGCAACUCCACGAGGUGAGAUCUUGCAUGGAGCCCCAGGCUGAGGGAAGUUGACAGUUAUUUUGUGUUUCUUCCAUUUGCGAAUAAUCGCACCAACUGUUGUCACCUUCUCACCAAGCUGCUUGGCGAUGGUCUUGUAGCCCAUUCCAGCCUUGUGUAGAUCUACAAUCUUGUCCUUGACAUCCUUGGAGAGCUCUUUGGUCUUGGCCAUGGUGGAGAGUUUGGAAUCUGAUUGAUUGAUUGCUUCUGAUGACAGGUGUCUUUUAUACAGGUAACAAACUGAGAUUAGGAGCGCUCCCUUUAAGAGUGUGCUCCUAAUCUCAGCUCGUUACCUGUAUAAAAGACACCUGGGAGCCAGAAAUCUUUCUGAUUGAGAGGGGGUCAAAUACUUAUUUCCCUCAUUAAAAUGAAAAUCAAUUUAUAACAUUUUUGAAAUGCGUUUUUCUGGAUUUUUGUUGUUGUUAUUCUGUCUCUCACUGUUCAAAUAAACCUACCAUUAAAAUUAUAGACUGAUCAUUUCUUUGUCAGUGGGCAAACGUACAAAAUCAGCAGGGGAUCAAAUACUUUUUUCCCUCACUGUACUUUGUCACUGUCAACAACAAAAAAAUCCUAGUGAGCAAAAUAAUGUGUUUGAUAAGGAAUCAAAAAAAUAAAUAAUUAAUAUUACAAACCUUUUCAAUUGUAUUACAUUACAUGCAUACUGGGUUACAUUACAUGAAAAUACAUGUGUUGGUAACACUUUUAUUUGGACAGUCUACAGACUAUCUACUAACCCUAAUCUUAACCCUAACUGUAACAUUUUUACAUUUUAGUCAUUUAGCCGAUGCUCUUAUCCAGAGCGACUUACAGUAGUGAGUGCAUAAUUUUUUUUUUCUCCAUCCUGGAAACCUUAUUAGCAAGCAGUUGCUUAUCAACAGAUUUUCCAUUAUCAACAAACUAUCUAAAUCCAGUGUGAACCAUGUAGGUGCUGUAUGUGUCCUGUGAAUCUGUGAGUAGGUGAAGUCCUUGUGUUUUACCAACCUGUCCUCUCCUCCUCCCCAGCUCAGAGAAAACAACGUCGUACCGGCGGACCAGCAGCGGAGGACAAGGGAAGUGUUCUGCAGCUGUGACCUCACCCAGCUGUGUGGCACUGGGCAGCCAGGAGGAGCUGUCAGUCGUAACGAAUGGUCCCGCCCCCAGCGCCACACCUGAAGCCAAACCCACCUCCUCCUCACCCAUCACUGUGCGCCCUCGCAGAAACGCUAUGGUAGUACACACAACAUGACCUUACUGCUAAUAGUGUAGCAUCAUUUCAAACAUCGCCAACUUCUGUAACAACAAAACCACGAGUAUCUGAGUGGGAAUGGCAUCUCUAUAUGAUCUGCUAGCUAGAGCAUGGAAUGAAACAAAUAAUGCUCCUAUACGAGAGAAAAAAAUACAUGUAAAAUAUAUUUUUGGGAUGCAUUUUAGGAUACGUGAAAUAUAAAAAAUGUAUAUAUUUUUGUACUCAAAUACAUUUUCUUCAGCUGCUGCUACAUGUAACCCAUUGUUGGUUGGCAUUAUUAUCCAUCAACAUCACUAUUAAAUGUCAAUUUAUGUCACGAUAACGCUGUUCCGUGUCCAGAUCGGUUGUCUGUAAUACAGUAGCAGGGCACUAGUAUGUAUAAGAGCGUGACUGAGCAGCGUGUGGAUGUGUCAGGUGUCUCAGAGGAGGCCUACCCAGAAGAGGGUCAAGGCGCUGGUGGACUGCAGAGCCGUCAGCUCGGACCAGCUGGCCUUCUUCAAGGAUGAGGUCAUCUUAGUAACAGCCACCGAGGACCCCCACUGGUGGGUGAGUAGAACUACACCUCUUACCUAUUUAUUUACCUAUGUAUAUUUGUUUUUUUACUUUUAAUAAGCACAGGUUUAAAACAGAAAGUUGAGCUAUUUGCCUUGCUGUAUUAAGCCAACCAAAAUGUUUUAACCUAUAUAUUAUCGCAAAAAAAGACAACUGGAGGGUUUUCCUUCUGCAUAAACACUUGGCAGAAACAAAAUCAAUAGGCAUAGCCCUUUCAUUAAUGUCCCUCUAUCUCAAAUAUAUUACCUCUGUAUUUUCUAUCUUUUUGGUCAGUGAUCUUGAUUGUUUCUGUUCCUCCAGGUCGGCCACAUCGAGGGCUAUCCAUCCAGAAGUGGGACAUUCCCAGUGAACUAUGUCCAUAAACUAGGGGACUGA